GAAAUGAUUUUAUUGUCAAAUAUCAACAGUGUAUUAACACACAACAUCACACGUUAUUAUACUUAAACACAAUAAAGUAAAAAAAAAUAUAUAUAAAACUUAAAAUGCCCGCCAAUACACUGGACAAAAAAGAUGAACAUGAAAAACCAUUUGGCUUAGAACUACCCAAACCAGAACUUUUUAUAUAUCAGCACCCAGCAGCAGACGAGUCGUUUCUUAAUGAACAACCUACCAAGGUGGAAGAUGUGAUCGAGUAUCUGGACGUGCUCGAAAACGCCAACAAGACCGAAUCGUCAAAAAAAAGACAAAAAUCUUUGGUUACCAUGGAUGACAUAAAAUGUAUUGUGACACGGCGAAGUGCUGCAAGCAGCACAACAUUACGUCGAGGCAAAGCAAAAAGAGUCUCAAUUAACACGAAUCAAUUCACGUUUAUGCGUCAGAUUGAUUCGGAACCCGAUGAUCGCGUUUUGGCCAGAGAACAGCGUGAAGAUGUGGCCGAAACAUUUCGUCGGAUGGGUAAUCGCGAGUAUCGUAAACUAAACUUUAGUUUAGCCAAAGACUACUAUUCAAAGGGUAUACAAUACAUUAAAGACUCACCUGUUCUGUACGUAAAUCGGGCCCUUUGCUUUAUCAAGUUGCGCGAAUUUAAGCUAAGCAUUAUAGAUUGUGAUUAUGUGUUGGCCAAAAUUGACGAACAAUAUCUGCGUGCUUGGCUUUAUAGGGCAGCAGCCUAUAAGCGUCUGAAUGAUGAGUCAAACUUUGAAUAUAGUAUUGAUCGCGCCAGGCAAUUUAACAGAUCGGAGGCCGACUUUAUAGAUGAAUUCCUGGACAAAAUGAGAUCGCUCCUAUAAAAAAUUAUAAGUAAAAUAAGCAAUAAACGAA